UCAUGUUCACCGUACAUAACACCUUCUCAAACCACAACCGCCACUCAAAACACACAAGCAGUAUGAAGACACUGGUGGUAUUCUUAGCCUUGCUGGGCCUGACCUUGAGUGCUCUGGUGCUCCCUACAAAGCGAGAGUGCACCAGCAGUGAUGACUGUGAUGAUGGGCAGUGCUGUGCUGAGGAGCCAAACCCAUUCAUAGCUAGCAAAAGAGCUGUACUACUUCCAGAUAAAAGUAAUCCAAUGACCUGGCAGCCCAAGAAAUACUGUUAUAGCUAUAUCAAGGAAAAUGCCUGGUGUGGUGGGAUUUGGAGAGGGUGUGGCUGUUCUCAGGGACUGAAAUGUCUCAACGUGAUGAAGCCACCAGAGAUCCUAAUACCAGAUCCACCAGAGAUCCUAAUACCAGAUCCACCAGUGCCAACUGAUUUGGUAGCACCUUCAAAGAGAGGCCUAGCUUUUGGAGAUUGGAGGUGUGUCAAAGAAAAUUGAAACCAGAUGAAAAUAAAAUGCAUCUUAUUAUUCUCACCAUGAUAUGAAUCAUGCACCUGUAAUGGAAUAAAUAAUUUACUCAAAACUGAAA